ACCAUGACGGCAAGUGGCCAUCCGGCCACCUUCCUCGAGGAGACCCGGUGCGCGCAGCGUGCCGAUGGCACAGCGGCCGUGCUGGCCAUCGGCACGGCGAACCCGGUGAACUGUGUGCGCCAGGACGAGUACGCCGACUGGCACUUCCGCGUCACCAGGAGCGACCACCUCGCCACGCUCAAAGCCAAGAUGAAAAGAAUAUGUGAGAGAUCCGGCGUCAAGAAGCGCCAUUUCCACCAUACCGAGGAGAUGAUCGGCGGCCACCCGGAGUUCCUGGACCGCGCGGUGCCGUCGCUUGGCGCGCGGCUGGGCCUUGCCACGGACGCCGUGCAAGAGCUCGCUGCGGCCGCGGCGGCGAGGGCGAUCGCGGAGUGGGGACGCCCGGUCGCCGAGAUCACGCACCUCGUCGUCAGCACCAACUGCGUCGCCGGCGCGCCGGGCAUCGACCUCAGCAUGGCGGCUCUCCUCGGCCUCCGCCGGGCCGUGCACCGCACCAUGCUCUACCUCCACGGCUGCUCCGCCGGCUCCGUCGCGCUCCGCUUCGCCAAGGACCUCGCCGAGAACAACCGCGGGUCGCGCGUGCUCGUGAUCUGCAGCGAGGUCGUCCUCCUCGGCUUCCGCGCGCCCGACGAGGCCCAGCUCGACGCGCUCGUCGCCACGACCUUGUUUGGCGACGGCGCCGGCGCCGCCAUCGUUGGCGCGGGCCCGACAAGCCCCGCCGAGCGCCCCGUCUUCCACAUGGUGUCCGCCUCUCAGGUGAUGUUGCCUGGGACAGAGCACGCCGUGGGGCUGCAUCUCAGCGAGCGCGGCAUCGACUUCCGCAUGUCCGUCGAACUGCCAACGCUGGUCCGCGACAGCAUCGAGCAGUGCCUGGCGGACGGGCUGGCACCGCUCGGCCUCGCGAGCGGCGGCUGGAACGGCCUCUUCUGGGCUGCGCACCCCGGCGGCCGCGCGAUCUUGGACAGCUACGAGGCCGCCCUGGGUCUGGAGCCCGGUAAGCUGGCGGCCAGCCGGCGCGUGCUGAGCGAGUACGGCAACAUGCUUGGCGCGACGAUCUUCUUUGUUCUCGAUGAGAUGCGGCGCUGCCGCCGAGGUGGUGAUGAGGAGCAAAGGGAGGACUGCGAGUGGGGCGUCAUGUUGGUGCUCGGGCCGGGGCUCACCAUCGAGACGAUGGUCUUGCACGCUGCCGGCUGCCGAGACGAAGACUAACUGAUCACGGCUAGCUACGAAAUUGCGCGCGCUACACAUACACGCUAUGACAUAAAAGGCUUCAUGUAUCGCCCGAAGCGUAAAUUUCAGUUCAUCACAGCUUUUAUAUAAAGCUAAUAAAUAUUCGAGCAGUGGUACACCUAUUACAACUGUUCUUAAA